AUCCGAUCACCGGUGUCGUCGCGGUAGACGAGAUCGAUCCUCGGGAACAGUGCCGAGAGCGGCGGGUUUCCGUCGUCUCAGACUCUUGGGAAAUAAAUUCCGUUCUGGUUAAAGUGACCUGGAGUUGUUUUCAUUCGAUCUUGCUUGGAUACUCGCUCCCCAAGAUAUUGCGUCAUUGAAUGUUUCCACGAUCGAUCCUCGCAGCGCGUCACCUGAAUAUUUGACCAUUCGAAGUCUUCAAUUCCAGAUGUCAAGCAGGAGCCGAUGAUUUCGCCGUCGAUGGAUUUGGACCAAGUGAUGCAAAACCUACCCAAUUUGCAUUUGUUCUCCAAUCUUCAAAGUUUAAACUUAGAGCAUCUGAUCGCGCUGACGAAUAGUGAAGCUCAGCCGGCAGUGAAACAGUUCAAAUGUAAACACUGCAACUACUUGACGCCUUACCAGGCUGCUCUCAAGACACAUCUGAAAAGUCACAGUGGUGAGAAGCCUUUCAAGUGCCAGUUCUGCGAAUACCGCACGGGACUCAAACACAACCUGGAGACUCAUCUGAGGACACAUACCGGAGAAAAACCCUACAGUUGUCCCUAUUGUCCGUACAAAUGUGCCGCGAAAGGUAACCUGAAACUGCAUGUCCGGAUCCACACGGGAGAGAGACCUUUUCGAUGUAAGCUUUGCGACUACUCCAGUGCGCAAAGCAGCUCUUUAGCCACCCACAUGAAGACUCAUAAUCGGGAGCCCGGACGAGUCUAUAAAUGUCAGUCAUGUCCUUUCUCUGCCUAUUUCAAGCACAAGUUCGAUCAACACAUGAGAAUACAUCAACAGCAGCAAGCGGCGGCGGCUGCUGCCGGGAGCGCCAACCUACCCCAAACGUCGCAGACAUUUUGAGCUUGAGGCGUUCGUAUUGCGCUACCGGCGUGUUUUGCGGGUGGUCAGGCGUACGGAAGGUCUUCAGAAUCCUUAUUCCAGACAAAGAUUAUGAAAUUCUAGCGUUCCUAUUGUAUUGUCGUCUUGAGUGAUUGGAAGACGGACUG